UCUCGAAGCUGAUAGGGCUCUCGAAGCUGAUAGGGCUCUCUAGCGAUAUCCCAAUUCGUCGGUCACUACUGACGUACGUUGAACGUGACCGACGAAGGGGAACUAUGGUUAAUGUAGCAAAACCAUGUUUAAUGGUUACCAUGGUUUUGGGUUUUAGAAAACCAUUGUUAAUUUCCGUAAGGGUUGUGUUGUUGCUCUAGCUCCUUCUAAACCUAUUAUAAAACGAUGUGAAUAUUUGUCUGCUAAAUUACUACUAUAACUUUACAAUAGAUAAUAAUGAUGCCUUUUAGCAUACAGCAUUUUGAGUGAUGAUUGUAAUGGGCUGCUACUGCGAACAGUUGCUAGCAGUUGAAUGCUUAUCUAAGUAAUCAAAGACAAAACUACACUAGCCUAUUUACAGAUAAAACUGACCUGCACUUGAAGUUCUGAACAGGUCAUUAGUUUUGCCUCUCUGCUCCACCUGGGCCCUUCCACAUUCUCGAGUCUCUUGCAUUGAUUACUCUGAUUGAAAACUUUUGACGGAGGGGCGGAGUGCGUGCAAGCCGAAUCGUAUAGCCUGUAACGAUUUUGUACAGUUAUUAAUCAAUUUAUGGGUGAAAUAUAUGAAUAUAAUAAAUCAUAAAGCUUUAUGACUAAUUAUGAUGUAUAUAUUGACCCAAGGGGGAAUUGAACAUAUAUGGUGAAUUAAUUACAACUAAUUAUAUUCAAUUACAUAUAUGAUUAGUCUUGGUUUAAUAAUUAUUUAGAGAAAGUAUAUUAGUUUGUCCAGCAAACCGUUAUAUCUCCUCACUGACUAUUAUAAAGAAAAUGUUAUCCUCUGGCCACGAGGAUAAAUUCCAAUGAUAGCAUUAAACGUAAAAUGAUUGUGCUAGAUCAAAACGUUAAUGUGACCUGGGUUUUAUAAAUGAGCAAAAGAACAAAAAGCAUGGAUAUAAUGUAUUUAAUAUGUAAAAUUAAUAAUACAAAGGUUAUACGUCUAAAUAUACACAAGUAGAUAACAGAUAUAUACAAACUGAAAUUAAAGGCAGAAAAAGAGAGAUGAUCAAAGAAUGGCAAAUUACAACAGUUAACCCUUUGAGAGCCAGCACAGAAAUCAGUUUGAAUGAAUUUCAAAGAAAUUAUUUCUUGCAUAUAUGUUCACGUCAGUGUGCAGUAGAGUUUCAGUGCGCGGCUUGGAUCGCUUGGUCCUUUCCGAGAGGGUUUCCUCCGGCGGGGUUUUCAAACGAGGUUUAAACUGAAAAGUAAUAUAACUGGAAAAUAAAGAAGAGAGUCCGUCUCCCAGGGGAGAGUGCCGAAAGCUUGGCGACAGGAAAACUUGUGCAACUAAGAGAUGCGUGUCGUUGCUUUUAUGGAAAACCAAACUAACACACCUCUUUGGCUGGACGGCCAAUAGAUGCGUGGCAAUGUUUGGCGGGCAAAGUUUUCUUUGUCUUGUCUCCUGGCUGAAUUUGCAUAAUUUAUGGGUAUCAGAUCGGAUAGUACUUUCUUCACCGUUCCAUUAAACAAAUAGAACAAUGCAUUUGUCAGCUAUGUGACAUAUCUCAGUGAAUGAGAGGUAGCAAGAACUUUAAAACGAGACCAAACUCGACAGAUCAGAAAAGCAUAAAAGAAGUUAUGGUUUACAGACAAUAGUAUCAUUAGAAAUUACACUAGCACAACUACAAUCCAAGCUAAGCUUAUACAGUGGGAAUAACUAUAUGCAAUUUGACAUACAACGGCGGUUACAUUUAGGCAUAAUUUUAUUUUACACAUACAGUCUUCAAUGCAUGUUUGUGUGUCUGUGUGUGUCCUUAUUGUGCGUGUAUGUGUCUUUGUGGUGUGUGUUGGAAUUUGGCUGGACUCUCUGGGCCCACAAAGGGAGGGGUGAUCCUUUGAAGUCUCCAGAGCUAGGAAGUGGGAUUCUCUAUUUAAUUUCUGACAGAGUAACAAAAGUGUCAAAGUGUCUGUUUUUCUGGACAAGCCGGUGCCGAUCCGUGAUUUACAAACACAGUUCAUCAGGCUAACAGCGUUCUGAAAAUUCCAAAGUUGAUUGUCUACGCCGGAUCUAUCCAGACGCUACAAGCCAGUCAAGAUUCAUGAUUUAUUAGAAAUGCCAUCAAAUACGAAUUAAAACGAAAGUAACAAACCUGGUUUGAAAAUGUAAGAAGUAGAAAGUACAGAUAUUUGUGUAAAAAUGGAAGGAAUGAAAGUAAAAGAAAAAUAAAUAGUGAAGCAAGUACUGAUACCAGAAAAAACUACUUAAGUACAGUAACAAAGUAUUUGUACUUCAUUACAUCCCAUCUCUGCUUUUGUUACUUUAGACUGAAUCUAGAGAAAGUAACAGCUGCAAAUACUGUACAAACUCCACAGGUCAGUGUGAUUGUCAUGUCUGAUUGCCAAACCAAUGUCCUGUGGACUGUUGCUCUAUGUCUUUGUAGGUUGUCUGGCUGUAUGGUGACAGAGGAAGGCUGUGGUUAUGUGUCUUCAGCUCUGAGUUCAAACCCUUCACACCUGAGAGAGCUGGAUCUGAGCUACAAUCACCCAGGAGAUUCAGGAGUCAAGCUGCUCACUGAAAAACUCAACCAUCCAAACUACAGACUGGAUAAAAUCAAUGUGGAUCAUGGAGGAGAGAUCUGGAUUACAGCAGGACUACACAAAUAUUCCCAUCAGCUCACUCUGGAUCUGAACACAGUGAAUAAAAGCCUCCGUCUGUCUGAGAGGAACAGAGUGAUUACUGGCACUGACACAGAUCAGCCGUAUCCUGAUCAUCCAGACAGAUUUGAUUAUUAUUGUCAGGUGUUGUGUAGAGAGAGUAUGUGUGGACGCUGUUACUGGGAGAUUGAGUGGAGUGAUGGUGGGUUUGGUGUGUUAAUAUCAGUGUCAUAUAAGAGCAUCAGCAGGAAGGGAGGUAAUGAGUGUUUGUUUGGAUAUAAGGAUCAGUCCUGGUGUUUGAUCUGCUCUUCCUCCAGUUACUCAUUCAUUCACAAUAACAGAGAGACUAAACUCCCUGUAGAGCCCAGCAGCAGUAGAGUAGGAGUGUAUGUGGAUCACAGUGCAGGAACUCUGUCCUUCUACAGCGUCUCUGGAGACACAAUGAUCCUCAUCCACACAGUCCAGACCACAUUCACUCAAAUGCUCUAUCCUGGGUUUAGAGUUUAUAAAGGAUCAUCAGUGAAACUGUGUUGAAUCAGAAUAGACUGUUGAGAGAUCCUACCCAUAAAGCUUUGAGCUCAUGAUGAAUCAGUAACAGUGAGAUGUCUUUUAUUUUCUCUUCAUUACAUUAAUACUGUGUGACUAAAAUAUGUCAGAAUAAAUGUGUGUGUGUGUGUGUGUGUGAUAAAUCCUCAUAUAGACAGAUCAGUAUGUGAGUCAGUGACGGUGUGUAUCUGUGCUUUUCUCAGCUUCUACUUAUUCUGAUGUAAAUCAGUUUUUAUUGUCACAUCAAUCUCUAUUAUUACUGUCAAAAUUACCUUUCAGGGGUUUUGAUGGGCUUUGGAGUAAGUUGUGUUUUCGAAAACUCCUGUUUGGAAGUAAAUUAAUGCCAAAUGUUUUUGAAAUAAAAAGCUUGUUGAAUUGCA